UGUCACGCUGGUGAGUUAGCUGCUAACCAAACGCUAGUGCAGACAGCUGCUAGCUAUGUUUAUUUGACAAGUGUAGGUCAAUAUCUUACAAAAAAUGAGCUCUUCAGACGAAAGGUAUAAAGGGACUAAACGACCCGCAUCUCCAGACGAAGUACAUUAAUGGCUCAUUUGAAACUGAUUUCGAUCCAGUCAGGAUCCACACAAUGGUCAGCAGCAGAUUUGGGGACAAAUGAAAGGAAGCAGAAGUUUUUGAGGCUGAUGGGAGCUACAAAGAAAGAGCACACUGGACGCCUUGUUAUUGGGGAUCACAAAUCAACAUCCCAUGCCCGGAGUGGGGUAGAAGAUCGUGAAAUAAGUGAAGCACUUGAGCAGCAGUAUCAGCAGGGUAUGGAUGGGAAACUUUCGGGGAGGAACAGAAGACACUGUGGUUUGGGGUUUAGUGAGCCCGACCCACCAGCUGAGAGUCAGAGCACUGUUGCGUCCGAGGAGAAAGCCAGUUCAGAAAAUGCCCCUGAGCAACCAUCAGAAACACAUAAGGACGAGAAAAGCCUUUCAUCUCACACAGAGCUCGAAACAGAGGAACCGGAGCACGAUCGGCAAAAAGACUCAAAGGAAGACGAUAAGAAAAAGGGUUUUAAAAUGUCAUUUGUAAAAGCCAAAUAAAUGGAUUGGAUACAUGUUUA